AGGAAAGGAUGGAUAAUAAUAUUCACCUGAGCAGUUUGAUAAGUCGACAUGAUGAUGAGGCCACAAGAACAUCUACCUCAGAAGGGCUGGAGGAGGGAGAGGUGGAAGGAGAGACUCUCCUGAUAGUAGAAUCAGAGGAUCAGGCAUCAGUGGACUUAUCUCAUGACCAGAGUGGGGAUUCCCUCAACAGUGAUGAAGGAGAUGUGUCAUGGAUGGAGGAGCAGCUGUCCUACUUCUGUGACAAGUGCCAGAAAUGGAUACCAGCCAGUCAGCUGAGGGAACAGCUCAGUUACCUUAAGGGUGAUAAUUUUUUUAGGUUUACUUGUUCCGAUUGCUCAGCAGAUGGCAAGGAGCAGUACGAGCGGCUGAAGCUAACAUGGCAGCAAGUUGUUAUGUUGGCAAUGUACAACUUGUCUCUGGAAGGAAGUGGACGUCAAGGUUAUUUCAGGUGGAAAGAGGAUAUCUGUGCUUUUAUUGAGAAACAUUGGACUUUUUUACUGGGAAAUAGGAAAAAGACUUCGACAUGGUGGAGCACAGUAGCAGGCUGCCUUAGUGUGGGAAGUCCUAUGUAUUUCCGUUCGGGUGCUCAGGAAUUUGGAGAACCCGGAUGGUGGAAACUUGUUCAUAACAAGCCUCCAACAAUGAAACCUGAAGGAGAGAAGUUGUCUGCCUCCACUUUGAAAGUAAAAGCCUCAAAACCAAUGUUGGAUCCCAUCAUUACUGUUGAGGGGCUCAGAAAACGGGCAAGUCGAAAUCCUGUGGAAUCUGCCAUGGAGUUAAAAGAGAAAAGAUCUCGAACACAGGAAGCAAAAGACAUUCGAAGAGCCCAGAAGGAAGCAGCAGGCUUUCUUGACAGGAGCACAUCUUCCACCCCUGUAAAAUUCAUAAGCCGAGGUCGUAGACCAGAUGUGAUUCUUGAGAAAGGAGAAAUGAUUGACUUUUCAUCCUUGAGUUCUUCUGACCGAACGCCCCUGACCAGCCCUUCUCCUUCUCCAUCACUGGAUUUCUCUGCCCCUGGGACACCAGCCUCUCAUUCUGCCACACCUAGUUUGCUAUCAGAAGCAGAUCUGAUUCCAGAUGUGAUGCCCCCUCAAGCCUUGUUUCAUGAUGAUGAUGAAAUGGAAGGUGAUGGUGUUAUAGACCCAGGGAUUGAGUAUGUCCCACCCCCAGCUGGGUCUGCAGCUUCUGGACCAGCAGGAGGCAGAAAGAAGGUCAGAGCCCCUGAACAGAUAAAGCAGGAGGUAGAGAGUGAGGAGGAAAAGCCAGACAGGAUGGAUGCAGACAGCGAAGACACAGAUUCAAACACCUCUAUGCAUACAAGGGCUCGAGAAAAGAGAAAACCUCCUCUGGAGAAGGACACGAAGCCUAAAGGGCCCAAGUAUACUCCUGUGAGCAUCUAUGAGGAAAAGCUGCUUCUCAAGAGGCUGGAAGCUUGUCCCAGUGCAGUGGCCAUGACACCAGAAGCUCGGAGACUGAAGCGGAAGCUGAUUGUCAGGCAAGCGAAAAGAGAUAGGGGAUUACCACUUUUUGACCUGGAUGAAGUUGUGAAUGCUGCCCUUUUGUUAGUUGAUGGGAUUUAUGGAGCCAGAGAAGGAGGAGUUUCCAGGCUUCCAUCUGGACAAGCCACUUACAGGACUACCUGUCAGGACUUCAGGAUCCUGGACCGAUAUCAGACUGCCUUACCAUCUAGGAAAGGAUUUCGGCACCAGACAACCAAAUUUUUAUAUCGUUUGGUGGGAUCAGAAGAUAUGGCUUUGGACCAGAGUAUUAUCAGCCCUUAUACUUCUCGGAUCUUGAAGCCUUAUAUCAGGCGUGAUUAUGAGACAAAGCCACCCAAACUACAGCUCCUGUCACAGAUUCGUUCUCACUUGCACAAGAGUGAUCCUCACUGGAUACCUGAGCCUGAAGCACCUCUCGAUUACUGCUAUGUCCGACCAAAUCACAUCCCAACAAUCAACUCCAUGUGUCAAGAGUUUUUCUGGCCUGGCAUUGACCUGUCGGAGUGCUUGCAGUAUCCAGAUUUUAGUGUUGUUGUCCUUUAUAAGAAAGUCAUUAUUGCCUUUGGCUUCAUGGUUCCUGAUGUGAAAUAUAAUGAAGCUUACAUUUCAUUUCUGUUGGUCCAUCCUGAAUGGAGAAGAGCAGGGAUUGCAACUUUCAUGAUUUAUCACCUGAUUCAAACCUGCAUGGGCAAGGAUGUGACCCUUCACGUCUCAGCAAGCAACCCUGCUAUGCUGCUGUACCAGAAGUUUGGAUUCAAGACUGAAGAGUAUGUUUUAGAUUUUUAUGAUAAGUAUUACCCAUUGGACAGUACUGAGUGUAAACAUGCUUUCUUUCUGAGGCUCCGGCGCUGACAUGAACUCAGCUUUUCAGAAAGAACCAUUGGUUGUCAGAGAACAGCAUCAUGGAUUGGGUAGGCAGUUACUCUGUGGGCUCUAAUUGCUGUGAUUAAAUGUUCCUGCAAUCCCCUCAGCUGGGUGAGCAAAGCAGUGGGCAGUGGAAUGAGUAGUGGGCACAGCCACUGUCCUGUUCUUUCUGAAGUGGCUUCUACCAUUAACUAAAAACUGACAGUAUGUAAGAAUAAAGAAUAAAUUGAUAAUCUUGGUGAGAGAGAGUCUGACUGUCUGAAUUAAGAGGACAAGAAGAUACAGGAGCUGCUGAAGGUCUGCACAGUGCAAGGCAGCACACUGCACUGUCUGGGAGAGAGAUAUGAGAUGAUUACAUAACUUCUUUUGUAAUCCAGCUGGGUGAAAUUUACUUCAGGGGAGCUUCUGGGGCACUGAAGUUGUCUGUUACUGACUUUGGUCACAAUCCAAAAAAAUAAACCCCAUGUCUGUGUCCACAUGUUGCUUUAGUUAUUCUGCCUGAUAGAUCUUCAGGAAGCUUGGAUUGGUAAUAAAUGAUCACUUUCUCCCC